GCUAUCCGCCACGACCGGCGCCGGGCAUCUCACUAUCAAAAAAAAAGUUUAAAUUUUAUAUCACAUGUGAAGUAAAAAAAAAAUAGUGAAUUUUUUUAAUUACCUAAUAUUAUGAGUGCGAUAUAGUUUUCAGUUACAAAAUGUCUUUAUUGGCAAAAAUUUUCACCGCUGAGGUGAUUGCAGGCAUAGUUUUUGGAUUUUUGAGCCUGUACUUGUGGUUCCAGUAUAAGUACACUUAUUGGUCGAGAAGAGGUGUUAGCGGGCCCAAACCGACGUUUCCAUUCGGCAACAUUACGGAUGUGAUAAAACGGAAGUCACAGUUUUUUCAGCCCUACAUUGACAAUUACGAUAAAUAUAAACAUUUGCCGUACGUCGGCAUGUACUCGUUUUACCGGCCAGUGCUCUCGAUUCACGAUCCGGAUAUAGCGAAGCUUAUUUUGAUCAAAGAUUUUGAUCACUUUCAAGCCCACGGAAUAUUUUCUGGUGGAGAGGGUGACCCGCUGGCCGGUCACCUUUUCAACAUGCACGGCGAACAAUGGAAAAUGUUGCGAUCGAAAAUGUCCCCCACCUUCACGUCAGGGAAAGUGAAGAUGAUGUAUCCGUUGGUGGAGCACAUUGCUAAUGAAGCUCUGAACUACGUGGACUUGCUGUAUUCAAACGGGGAAACGGUCAACUUCACCGACCUGUACGCGAAGUAUUCUAUGGAAAUUAUUGGUAGUGUUGGAUUCGGUGUUGAAUGUAACGGAUUCAAAAAUCCCAAUUCAGAAUUCUAUAUUCGAGGACAUGAGUAUUUUGAUCCGCAAUCUAGUUACUGGACUUUUGUUCGCGCUCUAGCAUUUUUUAUGCCCGAUUUUUUCAAGAUUUUGAAAAUCAGACGAAUAAGCCCAAGGAUAAUAAACUUCUUCUUCAGCUUAGUAAAGGAAAGCGUGGAAUAUAGACAAAAGCAUUCCUACAUACGUAACGACUUCUUACAAACUUUAGUAGAGUUAAAUAAUGAGCAAAAGAUGAAUGACAAAGCCAUAUAUGACGGAGAAUGCACUUAUGAGGCGCAGAACGAAAUGGUCUAUUUGAACAUGGUCAUUGACGAAACAAUGCGGUUGCACCCGCCAAUGCGUGCUUUAUUUCGGAAAUGCACGAAAUCCUACAAAAUGCCCAACAGUGAUUUGGUUAUAGAGAAGGGAACGCUUCUGUUCGUACCGAAUCAAGCGAUACAAAUGAAUCCGGAAAUAUUUCCGCAGCCAGAAAAGUUCAAUCCGGGGAGGUUUGCGCCGGAAAAUAAGUCUAAAAUGCACCCAUGCCAUUGGAUGCCGUUUGGAGAGGGUCCACGCAAAUGUUUAGGUCUCCGCCAAGGCUACAUUCAAUCCAAGAUGGCGCUUGUUAAGAUACUGAACAAGUACGAGCUACUCCUAGACAAGAGGACACCGGUGCCCAUGAAGCUCAAAGCUUCUUCGCUGGCGUACGCGGCCAACGGAGGCGUUUGGCUCAAACUCAGGCAGAUUUACAACGACUGACAAAAUACAUAAUUAUAUGUAGAGCAAUAAUAAACUAUUAAGAGUGCCCGGAACCAAAAGUAGGCAUUAUUAACAGCUGCAAUAUCAAGAAAACAAAAAUAUUUAACGACAUAUGUAAAAACCAAAAUUGGAGCACGCUUCUUCAAACAGAGAAUAAGAUUAUAGAAAUCGCAGUCAAAUUUUAUCACUUAUCAGGCCCCGUAGCCGAAUGGCAUUUAUCCGACGCGAAACGAAAACGAAACGCCGUGAAAGGUAGUC